AUGAAGUCUCACUACAUUCUUGCAGGCCCCUGCACACUUCCUUGUCUAAAUGGAGGCCAGUGUGUCCAUCCAGACUCUUGCAACUGCAGUUUAUAUCAAGCGACAGGAGUUCGGUGUCAAACAGUUGUGAACACAGGAUUUGAGAGAGAAAUGACGUGUCGGACAUGGGGGCAGUACAACUAUGAGACUUUCGAUGGCCUGUACUAUCACUUCCCGGGCAAAUGUUCUUACACUCUGGUGCGAGACUGUGAGGACAACAGUCAGUCCAGUGUCAUGAUACAGGUUCACAAUGACCCAGAUUGCCGCUCAUCUCCUUACACCUGCGAUCGGUCGGUCAGCCUCUUCCUUCCGUGGGAGGGGGAAGUUAGAUUGCAGAAGCACAACGUUACAUUCAAAGGACAAAGCAUUCAGCUCCCUCACAAUAUCCACGAUGUGGAGAUGGAGCAGAUAUCCCAGUACGUGCUGGUGACCCAGCAGCACGGGUUCACGCUGGCCUGGGACGGCCACACCGGCUCGGUCUACAUCAAGAUGAGCCCAGAAUAUGUGGGCAGGACCUGUGGCCUGUGUGGCAACUUCAACGCAGACGUUCAGGACGACCUCAGAACCAGUUACGGGCUGUUCACUCAGGACCUGGCCAUGUUUGGGAACAGCUGGACAGAGGUGGAGCCUCAGCAGGCUAGGUGUCCCAUGGUGCCAUCACAGUACCCCUCCCCCUGCUCCACACAGGACCCCCACACAAUGCUGAAAGUGAGAGAGGUGUGUGCAACACUGCUGGAGGAACCCUUUAAAGAGUGCCAUGAGUUUGUCAGUCCCCAGUCCUACAUGGCCAGCUGUUCCAAUGAUCUCUGCCUGUCUGGUCCGAACGGUGACGUGGUGUGCCAGGUGCUGACGCAGUACGCCAGAGCGUGCGCCCAUGCUGAACACCCCCUGCAUGACUGGAGGGCACACAUACCACAGUGUGCUAUGGAGUGUCCCACUGACCUGCUGUUCAGGGAGUGCAUCACAUGUUGCCCCGCCUCCUGCAACGUGGACAGGAUGUGCAUCGACAGCAAGCUGCAGUGUCUGGAUGGCUGUUACUGCCCUGAAGAUCUAAUCUAUGAGAGUGGGAGCUGUGUGAAGGCCUCUGACUGCCCCUGUGAAUACCACGGGAUGGUUUACCCUUCAGGACAGAUGGUGCAAGAGGAAUGCAACAACUGCACUUGCAUGGGUGGAGUGUGGAACUGCACCGAACACAGCUGCCCUGGAGAGUGUUCUGUCACGGGAGAUAUUAACUUUCAGACGUUUGAUGGGCGCGUUUACACCUUUCCAGCCACGUGCCAGUAUGUUUUGGCGAAAAGCCGCAGUUCGGGGAGGUUUACUGUCACCAUACAAAACGCCCCAUGUGGACCGAACCUGGACGGGGCUUGCAUCCAAUCAGUUAACCUGAUUGUUGACGAGGAUCCAAAGACGGAGAUCACAAUGAGCCACAGCGGCGAAGUCUUCAUAUCCAGCCAGUACAGAAUCUCCCUGCCAUAUUCAGACGAGGUGUUUCACAUCCAGGAGCUGUCCUCCAUGUUCCUGCAGGUGAGGACAGUGCAGGGACUGCGGCUGCAGUACAACUGGAGGGAGUUUCGCCUCUACCUGCAGGUGGAGGCGUCCUGGAAGGAGGACACCGUGGGACUGUGUGGGACCUUCAAUGGGAACAUUCAGGAUGACUUCCUCUCCCCCUCUGGGAUGAUAGAGAGCACCCCACAGCUUUUCGGGAACUCCUGGAAGCUGUCGUCGGCCUGCGUCCCCGGUCCCAGCGUGCCCCAGCUCGACCCAUGUGACACGCACCAGCAGGCGGCCUCCUACGCGGCCGAGAUGUGCGACAUCCUAAACCAGGAGCUCUUCGCCCCGUGCCACGAGUACCUGAGCCCCGCCCCCUUUCACCGACAGUGCCGGGCGGACACCUGCAAGUGCGGCCAGCCCUGCUUGUGCUCGGCCCUGGCGCACUACGCCAGGCAGUGCAGGAAGUACGCCAUCAUAGUGGAGUUCCGGGCCCGGGUCAUAGAGUGCGCUGCCCAGUGCCCGGAGACGAUGGAGUACGGGACAUGCGUGUCGUCCUGCCAGCGCCGCUGCCCCUUGCUGGCCAUCCCUCAGCACUGCGGAGAGGAGUGUGAAGAGGGCUGCGUCUGUCCCCCCGGCACCUUCUACAGCAGCCGCACUCAGACCUGUGUGCACAGAGGUGAAUGUCCCUGCAGCUUCCUGGGAGCAGAGUACGCACCUGGAGACGUUAUCAUGAGCUCAUCAGGUGUACAGGUCUGCCAAGAUGGCAAAAUCGUGCCUCAGAGCUCCAUCAUUGAUAAGAUGUGCCCUCCUGGUCAGUACUACGUGGACUGCGGUGACCCGGAUGACGGACUGUCACUGGGGAGAGGCCUUGCGUGUGAGCAGACCUGCGAGUCGUACCUGCUCAACCUCACCUGCUCAGCUCACGAGCCCUGCGUACCUGGCUGCGCCUGCCCCCCUGGGCUUUUGAAACAUGGAGAUGAGUGCUUUGAGCCUGUGGCAUGCCCCUGUUUAUGGAAAGGAAAGGAGUACUACCCUGGGGACAAAGUCACCUCUCCCUGUCACCGCUGCGUUUGCCAGCACGGGUCAUUUCAGUGCGUCUUCCGCCCCUGCCCGUCCAUGUGCACAGCGUACGGGGAUCGCCACUACAGGACCUUUGAUGGGCUGCUAUUCGAUUACGUUGGGGUGUGUAAGGUCUACUUAGUGAAGAGCAGUGCCGAUGUGAUGAUGAGUGUGACGGCUGAGAACGUGGAUUGCUAUGACAGUGGGAUCAUUUGUAGAAAAUCCUUGUUAAUUACCAUAGGAAAGUCUGUCAUCGCUUUUGACGAUGACAGCGGGAGACCGAACCCCUCCAGUUUGAUUGACAGGACGAAGACCACGCUGAUAUGGCAGGCCGGGUACUUCACCAUUCUGCACGUUCCUGAGGAGGACUUCACGGUGCUGUGGGACAGGAAAACCACCGUCCACAUCCAGGCGGGGCCCCGCUGGCAGGGCAAACUGACUGGCCUGUGUGGGAACUUUGACAUGAAGACAGUGAACGAAAUGAGGACCCCAGAGAACAUAGACUCUCCAACACCUCAAGAGUUUGGAAACAGCUGGACCGCAGCAGAGUGUGUGAACAGCCCUGACAUCAGACAUCCCUGCAGCCUGAACCCCCUCAGGGAACCCUUCGCCAAGAGGCGGUGCGGGAUACUGCUCAGCGAGGUCUUCCAGAUCUGCCACCCGGUGGUGGAUGUCACCUGGUUCUACAUGAACUGCCUGAUGGACACGUGCGGGUGCAGCCGCGGCGGGGACUGCGAGUGCUUCUGCACCGGCGUGUCCGCGUACGCCCACCGCUGCUGCCAGGAGGGCGUCACCGUGGACUGGCGCUCGCCCGCCAUGUGCCCUUAUGAUUGCGAAUUCUACAAUAAAGUUCUGGGAAAAGGUCCCUUCAAGCUAGUCACCUACCGGGACAGGGACACUGUGCUGGCCGCCAACACGUCGGGUGGAUUUGUGUUCCCACUAAAGGGGGCGCUCUCUGCGAUAGGGGUCACAGCACAUUUCAUGAUGACCCCGGGGCUGAGCAGAUCGCGACCACAUGACACAUCUCUGGUGUCCUUUGAGGCUGCUGAACGACCAAACUAUUUUGUCCUCGUGGGGCGGAGCGGGCACCUGGAACUGACCAAGUGGCAGGAGGGCGCGCUGUUCCAGGAUCAGUCCACGUUCAUCCUGCACCGGGACACCUGGAUCAGUGGCUUCGACUCGCUGGAGUCCUUUGCCUUGCCGGGCUUCUUCCUGCACUACACACGCUCCAGGCUCCAGCUCAUGAAGUACAACCACUCGGACGGCUUCCGCAGGGCCACGCUCUUCAGACUCACAGGCCCUGAGUCAGGCACCUAUAUGGGUCCUCGGUGCCAGUGGCGGUAUGAGUCCUGUGCCAGUGCUUGCUACAGAACCUGCAGCGACCCUUCCGGACAGUCCUGUACCACCAUCCCGAAAGUGGAGGGAUGUCUCCCUCAGUGCCCAAGUCACAUGAUCCUGGAUGAAGUCACACAGAGAUGUGUGUAUGUGGAAGACUGCAUUAAGCCACCAGUUGCUGUUCAGCCCACAGCUCCCCUCAGUACUGUACCAGCACCUGCAGCUGUCACUUCUGCGGCCGUCCCUGCUACUGCGGCCAUCUCCACGGCACGCUUCACCACCCCCACCGCCUCCCCGCCGGCCCCUUCCCCCGAGACCACCAGCACCACUGCUGCUGCAGCCAUGUCCAUCUCGACCAGCCGAGCGGUCGUCUCAACCACGAUCAUCGCUCCAACUGAGGUCACAAGCACAGCCACCCCCAGGCUCCCCACUACCCUGAGGACUACACUUAAAUCCACAGUGGCGCCUGAGGUCCCAGAAUCUGUGACAACCGGGAGGACAUCGGCAGCCUCGCCCACGAUCAGCCUCGAGGUGACGGCCACAACGCCACGUUCCCCGUACGUGCCCAUCGUGCCUGUCACAGAGAGGACCAGCCCCGCCCCUCCCACAGCUCCCUUCUGGCUCACCACCACCGUUAGGCCUGGGGUGACCUCAGAGCUGACCUCCAGCACGACAGCCAUCUUACCCCCAUCGCCUACAGUGGGCAUCUCCACCACAUCGAUAGAGGCCCCAGUCAGAACCAGCACACUGCCUGUCGUCCCAGGCUUGCCCACUGAGAGAACUACAAAGGCAACAUCGAGCACAGCUAAGGUGUCUCCUGUCUACAUAACCGCAACCACACGACCCGCUGUGGUCUCUGAAACAUCUCGGCUCUCAACUAUAUCAGCAGAGACCCUCACCACAGUGUACAAAGAGACCACCACAGAGCCCACCACUGUUGAGACAGUUAAAACGACAAAGCCUCCCAUUCCAGAUACCAAAUCUACACCCCCUGUUGAAACAAGCUCCACAGCCACCACAGCUUACACCCCCUCACCUUCUACGCCCAUGCACACACUGAUGGUCACCACCCCUGAGGUCUCUCCCACACAGUCAACUGAAUCGACGACAACUGUGACAACAACUGCUGUUGACUGGAGACGUACCACAGUUGAAACUCGUGCCACCACGUCAGAAACUACCACAACAAGUCCUGUUUCUCCAAAGCUCACCCACACAACAUCAAAACCCCCAGAGACUCCAUCGCCAACAGUUGAAUCUCCUCACACCACAGCCACGACACCAAUCCCAGCUUCCACUAAACCAGCCACCGCGACAUCCAUGUUUGUAACGUCCACACCACCACUGCCACCUGUAAGUCCUACAGAAACCACACCAGAGAAGAACCACAGGUGUUCCACCAGUGACGGAGAAGGUGGAGGUGUCAGAGGUGACAACCGUGCUGGUGACAACUCCAUCGUCCGUGCCCACAUCACCACGCACAACCUCAAGCAGUGGGCCAACGCUCACGUCAGUGAGAGUCACUCCAAGAGUCAUAUCCACCACUCCAGCGGCCCCAAUCACCAGGUCAACUGCUGCAACGACACCAAGGAGGACCACAAGGGUCACCGUGUCCACACAUGUCCCACUUGUGACUUCCACCAAGCCAACCACGGUCAGGACAUCCACUGGGAGGGUCUCUGUCUCUUUACCAACAAGACUCCCAGUGGUGUCAACAGCAACCACAUCUCCUCGUUACCCAACAAGCCCCACGAGUCCCGUUUCCGCCACUAUCUCUACCACACAUCCACGGACAGAGCAACUCUGACAUCAUCCCCUGUCCUUCCUCCCCUGCCUAUAACGACGGUGGAGACAGCGGCCACUUCAGCACCGGUGACCACACCAUCGCCCUACACCACUGCACCAGAGCGCUGGUGGACAACUACAGCAGAGGUGGCCACUCCCUCACUGUCACCUCACGUGACAUCAGAGAUAGCCACUUCGCCCGAGUCACCGCUCACCACCGAGGUCACGACCACCACCGCAGCUCCGUCGACCAGGAUGUGCACGCCUCCUUAUUCAGAGAUCAUUGACGAAUGCACCAAGUACAUCUGCGUGGGUGGCCAGCUGGUGCUCUUCAACAAGUCCCAGAACUGCCCUUACAACUCCACCCCUCCUAACUGCGGCCUCCUGGGAUUCGCUGUCCUGGUGAAUGGAGACAAGUGCUGUCCUCAGUGGGACUGUCCCUGCCGCUGCUCUGUAUUCCCUGACUUGAACAUAAUUACAUUCGAUGGCAACAGUGUGGCAAUCUAUAAGGCGGCCUCGUACAUAGUGACCCAGCUGCCCAACGAGACCGUGAGCAUCCAGGUUCAGGAAUGCCAGGCCUCAGACACAUUACUGUGGAAUUUCACCAACCUGUGUCUGGUAGCUCUCAACAUUACAUACAAAUCCAACCAAGUCCUGAUCAACCGCCUCCAGAGGAGGCUGUAUGUCAAUGCAAGGUAUGCAAAGCCACGCUUCAAGAAAUACGGAUUCGAAGUGCUUGACACUGGCAACAUGUAUCUGAUAAGGACCCCCGCAGGACUGAAGAUCCAGUGGUUUCACAGCACGGGAAUGAUGGUCAUUGAGAUGGAUGGAUACAACAAUAAGCUAUCCACCAUGGGACUGUGUGGUUGCUGCGACGGUAACCCUGCCAAUGAUCUGACACUUUCCAACGGGACAACGGUGAGCGAGGGUGAGGACCCCGCGCUCUUCAUUGACAGCUGGCAGGUGCCCAACACCACUGGCUACAUCAGCCACAGCCGACGGCGUGAGGUUAACUGCUCCACCAGCGACUGCUCGGAGUGCCUGGACAUGCUCAGCAACCACACCUUCAGCGCCUGUCACCUCUUCGUUCCUCCCACGAUGUUCUGUGAGGUGUGGGUUCGUGAUGCGGAGUAUGUGAAGAACCCCUGUGUGGCGCUGGCUGCCUACGUGGCCUCCUGUCACAAGUUCAACAUAUGCAUCGAGUGGAGGAGCCCGGACUACUGCCCGUUCAUGUGCCCAGACGAGCUGCGCUACCAGGCCUGCCUUCCCGCCUGCACGGCCCAGACCUGCCCCAACCACGAGUUCGACUCGGACCCUGAGGAAUGUUCCGGGCUGACAGAGGGCUGUGUGUGUCCUGAGGGAACGCUGCUCCACCGCCCCUACUCCGCCCUCUGCAUCCCAUCCAACAAGUGCGCCUGCACGGACAGUUUCGGGAACCCGCGCGCCUCUGGGGAGGUGUGGAAGGCAUCUGUGGACGGCUGCUGCAUGUACAAGUGCGACAAUGACACCAUCAUCCCAGUCGAAUACAACUGCUCUGAUGUCCCCCAGCCCAUCUGCAAGAGGAGGGGGGAGGUGACAGUCAGCCUGGCCGACGACAAGAGCUGCUGUCCCCAGAAAGCAUGUGUGUGCAAUCAGACACUGUGUGGCACUUACCCACCUGAAUGCAACUAUGGAGAGAAGCUGGUCUCCUACUUCAGGGAGGACUCCUGCUGCCCAGAUUACAUAUGUGAAUGCGACCCUGACCAGUGUGAGUUGGACGUUCCUACCUGCCGAGACGACCAGACCCUCAUUGCAACCCGAGCAGAUGGGAGCUGCUGCCUGGCCCAUAUUUGCAUGUGUGGCGCCUGCUCGGAUGUGGUUCCUGAGUGCCAGGAGGGAGAGGUGCUGACAGUGGACGCCAACAGCACAGACCGCUGCUGCCCAGCUUACCACUGUGUGUGUGAGCCAUACCGUUGUGCAGACUUCACCUGUCCACUGGGGAUGUCUGUGGUGUCCGUCUCUGUCCCUGGACAGUGCUGUCCCUUACGCACAUGCGAGUGCGCCUGUGAAAAAAUCGUAAGGCCACAGUGUGAACUGGGUGAGACCGUACAGAUUGAUAGGACUUUCAGUGCAGACCCACAAAACCAAUGUGGCUGCAAGAAAUACAUCUGUGAGCGGGAUCCUGUGUGCGUGGACGGGGAGAGGGGGGUGAUGAGGCCGGGCCAGACCCUGGUGGAGCACAGCGUGGAGGGAGUGUGCUACACCACCCAGUGCACCCGCACCCUGGAUCCGCUCACUGGAUACUUCCGCAUCAGGGCCACCAGCACCAACUGCACUGCACAGUGUCAGCCGAAUCAGAUAUACAUACCGCCCAAAGACCACACCACCUGCUGCGGGGCCUGUAAGAACAUUUCCUGCAUGUACGAGAAUGAGAACGGUUCCAUCACGCUGUACAAGCCUGGGAAGACAUGGGUGUCCAACUGCAUCAAGUAUGAGUGUACAGACACACUGUCAGGACCCACGCUGGUUUCCUACUCAUUCAGCUGCCCUCCUUUCAAUGAAACAGAAUGCAUAAAGAUUGGGGGAACAGUAGUCAGUUACAUGGACGGAUGCUGCAGGACUUGUAAAGAAGAUGGAAAGUCAUGCCAGAAGGUGACAGUCAGAAUGACCAUUAGGAAAAAUGAUUGCCGGAGUAACAGACCGGUAAACAUAGUGUCUUGCGAUGGAAAGUGUCCCUCGGCCAGCAUAUACAACUACAACAUCAACACGUACGCCCGCUUCUGCAAGUGCUGCCGGGAGAUGGGCCUGCAGAGGCGCACUGUGCAACUGUACUGCAGUGGGAACUCCACCUGGGUCAACUACUCCAUCCAGGAGCCCACUGACUGCUCCUGCCAGUGGUCUUAG